AUGCGCGCAUCAUGUGAUGGUCUCUGCAGCCACAAUGUGGUAGCAGCUAUGACAGAAGUAAUUGACUUGGUGGGAGAAGAAGAUUCGCCGCACAUGAGGGUGUCCUUUGAGGUUCCUGGCAAGCCACUCCCUGAGAAGAGGAUGAGAAUGGGCAGGUGGGGUCUUUACCAUCCUGGAAGCAAGGAGAAGGCUGCAUUCAGAAAGACUGUACAAGAACUAGUUCCUGCCACCCAACAUGGAGCCGUGUUUCCUACCGGUACGCCAGUUACAAUGGAGGUGCACUUUUGGAUGAGGCGACCCAACAGUGACUUCAAAGCCAGCAGGAGAUUGAUCGGCAUUCUGAAGAAUUCAGUUCCCUUUGUGAGACCGAUUGUUCCUGACAUUGACAAUCUGCUGAAGUUUGUAUUGGACGGGAUGAACAGAUUGGUGUAUCACGAUGACAGCCAGGUUGUGAAAAUUGUAGUUUUGAAGCUACUCGACAAUGAGGGUUCUUGUGAGGGUAGGACUCAGAUCGAUGUGUAUCCCUUUGUUAUGCCCUAG